CUCCUUGGUUCACGCACACCGUACAUUUAUUUGGAGCCGCGGGUUCAGAACAUGAUUGCCCUUGCGAUCACCGUCGUCGUUCUUACGUAUUCGCAGCUGUUACAAAGACAGUUUCCUCGCCUGCAGAUACAAUCCCGAUCCUCACAUGAGUUGUCGGUGCUGGAAUACAGAGGAAGAGGGGGCACCCUGUUUGGUCAUGACGGAUGCUCCACUCGGCAAGUGCUUCAGAGGGGAAUGUUACAACCUGCUAUCGUACGAUUCUCUGACAAAAGGACAGCAGCAGAACCCUGGAUGGCAAUGCACGAAAGCAAGCGAUUACCUGUUGUGGGCAGGAAAGGUUUUCGGCUGCAAAUACCAUUGCGACAGCAAGCCUUACCACAUUGUCAAUCGUCCUGAUGGUCAUUUUUGUCUGGUCCCAUCAGAGGCACCUCCUGGCAUUUGUAAGGGAGACUCUUGCAAGAGGAUAUAGGAUGUCUGAAGAUAUCCAGAGGUAGCUUUGGUUGUUUGGUUGUCAACGGCUCUAUGGAAUAAAAUCUAUUUGCAUCCUUGUG